GAAACACUGCUCAUGCUUCCAGUUGAUAUUUAUAACAACAUGUUGACCCUUAGGUCUUCAUAUCCCAGAUGGGGGUGGAGGGUCCUAUAUAUAGAGGCAGUACUCAGUAACAUCACUUCCUGAAUCCGGAGGGGAAAAAUGUAUAGGUUCACAAUAUUAACAUUCAAUGUAUCAAAAUAUAUGAUCAUACACCAGGAAUGUGAUCAACAUUUACAGUUAUAUACAAUAUUCAAUAUGGACAUUUUGAAACUAAAAAAAAAAUGUUUUGCCUCCUGAGCAGCAGGGCGCGGCUUUCUGUUUUCCAUUGAUAUAUUUAGCACAAAAAAAGUAUUUUCAGGAGCUUAGCAUUAAUUUACAGCAGAGAACUCUGUUUACAAAAGCUUUCAACGAAACGUCAUCACAUAAUGAUAUGCUCUCCACCAAUCAAACGUUUACGUCGUGUGAACACGAAGUGUCACCAGAACAUGGAAUAAAGCUGUGAAGGAAAGGUGUACUACAGAGUUGAUGUCACAGCCUCUCCGACCAGGACCAGCAUGACAAGACAAAUCUCUCUUUCUGACAGAAAAUAGGAGAAGAGGCUUUGAGGGUUAUGUGCCACUAAUAUUACUGAGCAAUACCAUAUCUGGACAUCAUGGAGCUUGUAGUGGCCAAGGUCCUUUGCCUUCUGGGAGUGUUUGCCCUCAUGUUGGCUGGGAUUCUUGUCCCAGUGCGACUCAUGAUUCAGGUGGACUAUGAAAAAGCACAAAGGUACAGGAAGGCUCUUGCACUCUGCAAUUCUUUUGGAGGGGGUGUAUUUCUGGCCACUUGCUUCAAUGCUCUUUUGCCUGCUGUACGAGACAAGGUGGAUGAGGUCCUUAAACUGGUGAAUAUCACCACAGACUACCCACUGGCAGAGACCAUGAUGAUGCUGGGCUUCUUCCUCACAGUCUUUGUGGAGCAGGCAGUGCUCACCUUCAAGAAGGAGAAGCCAUCUUUCAUUGACCUGGAAACGUUCAACGCAAGGGGCUCAGAGGCUGGUAGCGACUCUGAGUACGAAGCUCCAUUCAUCUCCCCCACCCGGGGCUCCCCUGUGGGCCGCCACCACCACCAUGGGCAUCACCAUGGACACCUCAGCCCCACCGAGCUGGCCAGAGCUGGGCCUCUACGGCUGGCCAGCCUGGUCCUGGCUCUCUCUGCCCAUUCUGUGUUUGAGGGACUGGCGCUGGGCCUCCAGGAGGACGGGGCCAAGCUUGGAAGCCUCUUCCUGGGGGUGGGCAUCCACGAGACCCUGGCUGCUGUGGCUCUGGGGGUGAGUGUUGCCAAAGCUGCUUUGCCCAUGAGGGAUGCCAUCAAACUGGGUGUGACGGUCAGCCUCAUGAUCCCCAUUGGCAUCGGACUGGGCAUGUGCAUCAAUAGUGCCCAGAACCUGGCAGGUAGUAUUGCAUCGGUGGUGCUCCAAGGCCUGGCUGCUGGUACUUUCCUCUUUGUCACCUUCUUUGAGAUCCUGUCUCGGGAGCUGGAGGAUAAACAUGACAGACUGCUUAAGGUGCUCUUUCUCAUACUGGGCUAUGGUGUUCUAGCAGGCCUAAUGUUCAUCAAAUGGUGAUGGAAGGAAUAAGCAUUUUAAUGCAAUGAGUUGUCUGAUUAUCACACUGACCACAAUUUGUAUUGUGUGCACAUCAGCACUACCAAAGUAAAUGUUUUAUUUGGUAAAGGGGAACAGUAAAUCAAGUAUCAUAGUUUUUUUCUUUGCACUGGAACAUGUUUGCUUACCAAGUCAGGCUAUGUUACUGUGUUAGUUUCUGCCAUAGGGAAUACAUGCUCCUGACAUUGAUUAGUAAUGGUUAAGCUAGUCACUUUGAUAGUAUAUGUUUUCAGAGACCGGAUUAAAAUGAUGUCGAGAGAUCCAGAAAAAUAAUUUCUAGCAUUUAUAGUAAAGACUUAUUUUGGCAGUGAAGUGAACAACUUGUAACAUAAAGGAAACCUUUUAUUGAAGGAAAUGUGCUACUUGCAAUGAAAUGUUACUGAUAUUAACAUAUUGAUUUUUGUGGUUGAAGGAUAUAAUGGUGGUUAGUAUGAAGUGGUUCAUAUGAUCCACUGUCUGGUCUAUGUACCUGCUGUUUCCAUAAUCAGUAAGCUAUGUGUUAAAAUAUGUGCAUAUUUCAAUGUACAAUUUUCAUAUGAAAACAUUUCAUUUUGUUUUUGUCUGUUGGGGUAAGUGUUUCCUAGAAUGAAUAGCCCAAUACGGAGUUGAGAGAAAAUGUGUGCAAGACUUUUGCGUUAAAUCGUUCGUUGAAUUCAAGUCAGAAUACCUUCCUAAUUGUGUAAUUUUAGUUGGAUACUUUAGCGUUUUAACAAUUAUUACCCUAACUCCUUAAUCAAAUAAGAGUCAAUUCACUGGAAACCUUUUGUGUAGCCUGGUGUAUGGUCCUGAUAUUUGUCACAUUGAGAUUAUAUCCAUGGUUUCCUUAUCAAGAUGAUAUUUUUGUUUUGUUUUUAGGUUUAUGUUAACAUGGAGUCAUAUUGAGACCCAUGAUUUAUGGGGUAUAGAAAUGAUAUCAGCAGUGGAGUCUGUCUAUUUUUGUUAUUUAUUCGUCUUUGCCACAGUUAGCUUUGACAGAUCAUUUUACACAGCUUCGAGGAAUUCCAUUUUCACCUAAAUAUGUUUUUUAUUUUUUAUUUGUGAAAAAUGUUUUUCUCCUAAUGUGAAUGUGUAGUACGUAACAUGUUUUGCAGAAGACACUUACUGGAGGAAGCCUACUGUAAAAGGUACAUUUGUAAUGUUCAACCCUUAUUGUGCUCCCUAAAAUCUACAUAAGAUCAGUUGUUCAAAUGUAUAGUAGGGCAGUUAUAUAUUGAAUGUGUCCAUAUCAAUCUGUGCUUUUAGGGUCUUAAAACAAAAGGAAACUUUCAUUAUUGCGAAAAUAGUUUUAAUGCAAUGAUGUUUUAUAUUCAGUGGCAACCAGCUUCCCUUUAUAUAAUGAACAGUGAAAUGCAAAUAAGUUAUGACUUCUAUUACAACAUGGGGUAGGUGAUGGUUAAAUACUUUAUUUAUAUGAAAACUGUUUGCAAUGUUGUGACAAAUGUUUCUCUUAAACUAUUUUUAUAUAUACUGUAUAUUACAUGUUUUGGCGGUGAGGUUUUCCAUUUUUAAUUUGAUUGAAUUGAGCAUCAAAGAAAACCUUACUCACACGAUGGCCAGACAUCUUUGCCUUUAUCUUAUUUGGUUCAUGUUUUAGAAACAUGUUGCAAUCAGAUGAACAGUACCACAAACUAUUUUGACCUUGGAUGGCUUAGGUGGGAUUUCUGAAUUUUAGCUCUGUUUUCGAAAGGAAAUGCCCAUAUACACUUAGUGUACAAAACAUAAAGAACACCUCCCCCUUUUUCCCAUUCACCCUUUGAAUGGCACACAUAUACUAACCAUGUCUCUUGGCUUUAAAAUCCUUCUUUAACCUGUCUCCUCCCUUUCAUCUACAUUGAUUGGAGUCAAUUUAACAAGUAACAUAAAUAAUGGAUCAUAAGAUUUGACCUGGAUUCAUAUGGUCAGUCUAUGUAAUGGAAAGAGCACGUGUUCUUACUGUUUUGUGAACUCAAUGUAUAUUUAGAUGUGAUUUCCUCCAUUCCAGUUGGUGAACUAGCAACUGGCAAACCAUUGCGUCUAACCUGUAGUGCAACCUAACUCUCUCCCAAGUAAGGAGAGGUCAGGACGUAGCCUGUGUAUUUGGUAUUUUAUUAGGUUUCCCAUUAGCUGUUGCGAAAGCAGCAGCUACUCUUCCUUGGGGGCCACAUGAAAGAUGACGUAUUACAGAACUAGGCAAGAACAGCUCUGUGCUAACUAGAAUUGUCAGUUCUACAGUAGGAUCAUUUACAAAGAUAGUUUGAGCCCUCCGUUAAAUAUGUCUACAGGGUCCACGGUCUGGGUUUGAGACAACGCCCUGUUCAGCAUGUCAGAAGUUAAUCUUGGGUCUUACCGACGGUUCUGAGUAUUCCCCUAGGUAAAGGGUUCCUAAGCAAACCAUGGGAACAGUAAACAGUGAUUCAAAUCUACUACUGUAACAGAUACAGUGGGGCCUGAAAUUAUUGACACCCUUGAUAACGAUGAGCAAAAAUGACUAUAAAAUACAUUAUUUAAAUGCUGAGCUGUAUUGUAAGCUCAAAAAAAUGGGGAAAUUAGAUUGCCUUACACUAAUACAAUUGAUCAGAGAAAGAGAUUUCUCAAAGGCAGGGGUCAGAAUUAUUGACACCCCUGUUUUCAUAAUUAUUGACACCCCUGUUUUCAAUACCUCACCAUGCGAGAAUAACCGCACUGAGCAUUUUUCAAAAAUGUUUUAUGGGUUGGAGAACACAUUGGGAGGGAUCUUAGACAAUUCCUCCAUACAGAAUCCUUCCAGGUCCUUAGUCUGUGCUUAUGGACUGCUCUCUUCAAUUCAAACCACAGUAUUUACAUUUGUCAUUUAGGAGACUCUUUUACCCAGAGCGACUUACAGGAGCAAUUACAGCUAACUAAGUGCUUUGCUCAAGUGCACAUUGGCAGCUUUUUCACUUAUUCUGCUCGGGGAUUCGAACCAGCAACCUUUCAGUUACUGGUCCAACGCUCUUAACCGCUAGGCUACCUGCCGCCCAUUUUCAAUAGAUUUCAAGUCCGGAGACUGAGAUGGCCAAUUAACCAUUUCUUUGUGGGCUUUGAUGUGUGCUUGGGGUUAUUGUCUUGCUGGAAUAUAACCUUGCGGCCAAUUUUCAGCAACCUGUUAUUUUUUUGCUAAAAUGUCCUGGUACAGAGUAAAGUUCAUGAUGCUGUUUGUUGACCUUUACAGGGGAAUUCAACCAAAUGACAAAUUCACCUCACCAUAUUAAUACUGCAAAUCAUCACCAGUCACUGAUUCUCCAGGUCCAUACAUUCUAUCCAUGAGAUAUUGUUUUCUCCACUCCUCAUAACUUAAUGCAAAUGUGGCUGUAUAGAUCGGCAACAGGAAAUAUUACUGCUGUCCUGUGCUGGACCAAAGUAUGCCAAAAUGCUUGCAUUUGACAAUAAAUACUGUCACUUUGUUGCACUCAGCUGAAGAUAGAGCCCAUGUAGACUACAUUCUAGGUGUCCAUGAGAUUAGCUAAAUGUAUAGCUAAAUUGGAUAAAGCAUCCCUUUUUAAACUUAAUAUUGCUUGAUUCUGUCAGUAUAGGGCAAUGCCAACAGAAUAUGAAAUGUAUUAACAUUAGGAUGUUAUAUGUUAAUAGAAUGUUAUAAUACGUUAAUUAUUAUGUCGCGUUUGUAGAUAAUAAAGACACAGUGCCUUGUGUAAGUCUACACAUUUUCUGACUUAAAAUUAAACUUAAAAAGGAUGACAUUUUUUCCCUAAUCGACACAACCUACUCCAUACUUUUAUAGUGAAAGAAAAUUAUAGAACAUUUUCAUACACAAAAAAUGAAGCUGUCUUGAUUGAGUAUGUCUUCAUGAGUUAUUACUUGGUGGAAACACCUUUGGAAGGCAUUUCAGUUGUGAAUCGUUUUGAAAAAACUCUUAGGGCAACAUUAUUAUAUCCAUUGUUUUUGGCUUUGCUCCUUUCAUAUUUAUUUUGAUCUUGAUAAACUCCCCAGUCCUUGCCGGUGACAAGCAUACCCACAACAUGAUGAUGCCACCGCAAUACUUAAAAUACAGAGGGUUUUACUCUGUAUUGGAUUUGACCCAAACCUAUAGUUUUUAAUUUAGGCAAAAAAGUUAAUUUCUUUGCUGUGUUGUCUUGCAGUAUUACUUAGCAGUCUUGUUGCAAACAGAAUGGUUGAUUUGGAGUGGAUUUCAUAAAACAGGCUUCCUUUUCACUUUGUCAUACAGGCCAGUAAUGUGGAGUUUAUGCAAUGUUGUUGAUCCUCUGUUUUUUCAAGUAUUGUGAUGGCAACAUCAUGUUAUGGGAAUGCUUGUCACCGGAAGGGACUGAGGAGUUUGUCAGGUUCAAAAUAAACAUAAAAGGAGCUAAGUCGGUUGUGUAGAUCGGUAAGGGGGAAAAAAUGAAUGUAAUCUCUUUUUAGAUUUUGUCACGCCCUGACCUUAGAGAUCCUUUUUAUGUCUCUAUUUUGGUUGGUCAGGGUGUGAGUUGGGGUGGGCAUUCUAUGUUUUGUUCUAUGUUGUCUAUUUCUAUGUGUCUGGCCAGGUGUGGUUCUCAAUCAGAGUCAGCUGUCUAUCGUUGUCUCUGAUUGAGAACCAUAUUUAGGUAGCCUUUUCCCACCUGUGUGUUGUGGGUAGUUGUUUUGUGUGAGUACCUGAAUGAACUGUUGUGUUUUGUUCCACUUUUGUUUCAGUGUUCAGGUGAUAAUAAACAUCAUGAACACGUA